GUCACGGGGUCUAAGGAGAAAUCUUGUUAUCCGCUCCUCCCCCCUUUCCCCAGCAGGAGCCCUUAGGACACGCGAGGAAAGGUUCCCCUUUAAUCUUCUUGCCCAUUCACUGUCCAACUCCACUGCAGAAUUUUCCAUUUAAUAACCUUGGAGAAAUAUAGCCAGGACCUAGAGAGAGACAACCAGGUUGCCUGAAUUAUGUGGUUUCUGUACGAGCUUUGCAGGCGGGCACGGGCCCGGCUCGCUGCAUUCGCUAGUUCCUCAAGCCGCCGGUGACCAUCUCAACGACACUCUUCACCACUACAGAAGACCCCGCCAGCCGGUGUAUUUCUUGGACUUCGCUUCCAGUGUAUUCCUCCACAAUUUGUGAUGUCUAAGAACCCCAACUGUGCACUGACGCUGGGCAUGCUGCCUCAGUCUCCAGCGUCCAGCUCUUUAAUCUAGAGCUAUGCUGGAGUCCGGGCGGCGCCGGGCCGGGUGGGGGCCGCGGCGGGCCGGGGCGCGCGCGGGCCGUGGGGCUCAGUUGUGCUGCUGUUCUCUCCGCAGGGACGGCGGCUCCCGGCUGGCGGCGGCGCGCCCCCGGGCUGUGAAUGCGACUCUCCCUGUGUCCGCGCUCCCCGCCCGCCCGCCCGCCGGGACGUGGUAGGGGAUGCCCAGCUCCACUGCGAUGGCAGUUGGCGCGCUCUCCAGUUCCCUUCUGGUCACCUGCUGCCUGAUGGUGGCUCUUUGCAGUCCGAGCAUCCCUUUGGAGAAGCUGGCCCAGGCGCCAGAGCAGCAGGGCCAGGAGAAGCGCGAGCACGCGUCUCGGGACGGCCCGGGGCGAGUGAGCGAGCUCGGGCGCGCAGCGAGGGACGAGGGCAGUAGUGCCCGGGACUGGAAGAGCAAGAGCAGCCGUGGGUUCGCCAGCCGGGAAGCGUGGAGCAAGCAGAAGCAGGCCUGGGGUGUCCAAGGCGGGGGCGCCAAGGCCGGGGACUUGCAGGUCCGACCUCGCGGGGACACUCCCCAAGUGGAGUCCCUGGCCGCAGCCGCCCAGGACGCGAUCAGCCGGGAACUCGCGCCCACGCCAGAGCUGCCUGAGGAGUACGCGUACCCAGACUACCGAGGGAAGGGCUGCGUGGACGAGAGUGGCUUCGUGUACGCUAUUGGGGAGAAGUUCGCGCCGGGUCCCUCGGCCUGCCCGUGCCUGUGCACCGAGGAGGGACCGCUGUGCGCACAGCCCGAGUGCCCGAGGCUGCACCCGCGCUGCAUCCACGUCGACACGAGCCAGUGCUGCCCGCAGUGCAAGGAGAGGAAGAACUACUGCGAGUUCCGGGGCAAGACCUACCAGACUUUGGAGGAGUUCGUGGUGUCUCCAUGUGAGAGGUGCCGCUGUGAAGCCAACGGUGAAGUGCUGUGUACAGUGUCGGCUUGUCCUCAGACGGAGUGUGUGGACCCCGUGUAUGAGCCUGACCAGUGCUGCCCCAUCUGCAAAAAUGGUCCAAACUGCUUUGCAGAAACUGCUGUCAUUCCAGCUGGCAGAGAAGUGAAGACGGACGAAUGCACCAUAUGUCACUGUACUUACGAGGAAGGAACAUGGAGAAUUGAGCGGCAGGCCAUGUGCACAAGACAUGAAUGCAGGCAGAUGUAGACACUUCACAAUAUAAAAAACUCUCACAUUUUUCUAGACUAUUUUACUGAUGUGAACAUUCUAGAUGACUCUGGGAAAUAACAAUCAAAAGGAGAAGACUUUUGAUAAGGAAUCAUGGAGAAUGGUUGGUACAUUUGCUUUUCUUGGUAACAAAUACUGCAAGAGAAGGAAAUGGAUGUAUUUCAAAACAGCAACACGAACUUUGGGCAUAAAAUCCCUCUCUAAAUAAAUGUGCUAUUUUCACAGUAAGUACACUGAAGUACACUAUUAUAUAAUAAAUGUAUUUCUAUAAUCCCUCUAUUAGAGAGCUUAUAUAAAUGUUUUCUAUAGAUACAGAUUAAAAAUGCUGUGUUGUCAACCGUCCUCACUGUGUACCUGCAUAUCUUUGUCAGUUCUGAUUGCAUCACAUGGGGAUGCUAAGGGUUGCCUGUCCCCCUUCACACCUUCACACAGAAUAGUGCAUCCACUAAUGGAUCAUAAUAGGACUGGUUUCUAUUGAAACCUUGUCCAAAUUCUAUUUAAUUACAGACAUCUAUCUGAUGUUCAUCCCUAGAAGACAUAGUCUAAUUCACAUAAACAUAAUGUUACCUUCUUAUAAUUACAUAUUGCUUUUAUUAGUUUAUUCUCAAUCAUUUGGGAAAUGCAGGUAUAAAAGAUUAUAACACAUUUUUUCACUUCUUACAGAUCUCCUAUGUUGUGAACCAUAAAUAAAUGCAUACAUGUUUCAUUUUCAUUUUUGUUACCUUCUCUUCUAAGCAUGACGAUAUUUCAUUUCCUAAAAUGAGGACUAGGUUAGGAUGGAAAAUUUGUAUGAUUGUUCUAUCAAGCUGAAGCAUGCUACAAAAUCAAAGAAUCCUUUGAUUAUCUGGAAGAAAUUUAAGGAGAAUUCUGUACAAGUUUAUAAUUGAAAAGUAAAUGUGGUACAGAUAUCACCACUCUCAGUUCAGUGUGGUCAUAUUACUAAUGGGAAUGAAGCAUCCAUCCUCCAUAAUAUACACAGUAAGAUCCUGAAUAGUAGCCCUGUAUUCAUCUGCCAUUAAGAGCAGAGUGAGAAAGCAUUUCUUUUGUUCAAUUAUGUUGAAACAAAGCUGAAGGUCAAGUGUACUCUAAAAAUUUCCUGUGUUUAUAUAUGAUCCCAAAACAAUUUUUUUUCUCUUCAUUUGGACAGGGAAUAAAAGAGGCCACUGCACAGUGUUGCUGAUCUGACCAGUUUUUGUAAUUAGAGAAUAGUUCCAUAUAUGGAUCACAUCAGCACUUGGCACUUUGAUGAAG